AUGUUUGAGGAGUUUAAGAAAGCCAUGCCAGGUGGCGAACCUAAAACGAUCAUCACAGAUCAAGAUGCGGCAAUGAGCAGAGCGAUUUCAAUAGCCUUCCCGACUACAUUUCAUCGACUUUGCAUAUGGCACAUCACAUCAAAGUUCUCUGUUAAGUUACCACAUUCUGCUUAUAAGGAGUAUUGGGGUGAAUUCCAGAAAGCCAUAUGGGAUACUGACAAUAAGGAUGAGUUUGAUGCAAAAUGGAAUAUUGUGGUUACAAAGGCUGGUUUGACUGACCAUCCAUGGGAAAAUUCGUUGAUGGAUUUCAUAAUAAGAUUUGAGAGGGCACUUUCUCAUCAACGUCAAAAAGAGUUAGUUGCUGAUCACGUAGAUGCAUUUGAAGUGGCUCAAUGUAUUCUACCGAUGCCAAUGAACAAACAAAUGGCUACCUUGUACACAAGGACAAUGUUUCAAAAGUUUGAGCAAGAACUAAUACAAAGUACAGCAUGUUUCCUAGAGCUGAAAACAGAGGAUGCUUCUAAAGUUGUCUUUAAUGUGAGCGAAAGGAAAAUUGGGAAACAAGAGUGGCAGAAGUCAAGGGACCAGAUUGAAUAUAUGCCCGAUAAAUACAUUUUGAAGAGGUGGAAGAAAACUGCGAAAUUUGGAUUGGUGUCAGAUGCAAAUGGCAACGAAAUUAAAGACUCUGCAGAUCCUGGUCUUUUAAUAAAGCGGAGUACAAUGUCCCGACUUGCUUCAGAUGUGGUUGAGGAUGCAUUAAUGUGUGAAGAAGGAUGUGAGCUACUGUCAAAGACUCUAAAAAGUUUGCAGGUGAAGUUGAAGUUGUUGAAGGAUGGACCAAGUAAUAACGAAGUUGGAGGGUCCAGCUCUCAAACACAAUAUAUGAAAGACCCUAAGAGAGUAAGGUGCAAUGGAGGGUCGAAACGAGUAACGGGAGCAAAGGAAAAGGCAAUGAAGCGAGGGAUUAGACACUGUCGGGAGUGUGGACACAUUGGUCAUGAUAGAAGACAAUGCCCAAGAAAUUUGAACACACCGACAUCACCGUCGAACAAUGACGAAUCAACUCCAAUAGAUCUUAGUGACCCAUUAUUUGACGAAUUUUACAGGAUGCACGGACCAACUCAAUGA